AUGGCGUGCAGGGGACCGCCCCCCCCAUCGCCUCCCGGCGGCCUGCCCUUCCUGGACUACGAAAUUCACAGGCACAAGCCUCCAGCAACAAAAACGCUGAACGACUCGGGCGCAACUCACCCUGCUUUUCCUCCAGAAUACAUGGUCAAGCCAGAAUACCUGGAGAGAGAACCUCCUAAGGCAUACCCUGGGUGUUCUGGGGUAUAUCCUUACCACCCAUUUCCCAUGGGAUUUGCCAUCAAUGAGUCGCCUCCAGGGCUAUCACUUCAGAGAGGUUCCCGACACAUUCCUAGCAACUAUGGGCCAGGGAAUGCAGCUUCUGUGUCAAUUGCAGAUGGAGGUGGAGAUUUCCAUCAAGGAUACUAUACUCCUCUGCCUCAGUUCAUCCCACCAGGUUUUCUGCCAGGGAUUCACUACAUUCCACCUCCCCUUUCACUGAACGUUGUGGCUGAAACAACCAAGGAAGCACAUGCUACUCAAGCUGACAGUCAGGAUGCAGGGGAAGUUUGUGAACCUGGCCAACCAUCUUCCUCCCCAGAAGAAACAUGUGGAGACCAAUCUGCAUAUUCUAAACAGUAA